UACUUCCGGUUACAGUUGUGAUGAAUCGCCGCACUCGAAUGGAGGCUUGGCCUAAGGUUGCGAUAAAAAUUGUUAAAUAUAUGCCAGUUUGAGGAAAUAAUUUACGAUUGUGAAAAAGUUUUGUUUAUAGUGUUUCUGGUCUUUAGUAUCUGGAAUCAUGUCCGACCGUCAAUCGCAGGGACGCGCCCGUGCCCGCGGGUACACCGCCGUCAACUUGUCACAUGAAAGCCGGGAAGGUCGCGGCCACGCUCCGGUCAGAGGAAGCGGCGUCGGUAUCUCAGGGCCCCGUCCCACUUUCCAGCACCCGGGAGCCGAAGGGCGCGCCAUGACCCAUCGUGAUGCCUCUGCCGGUCGCGGGGCAUCGAGUUCGACCAGCGGCAACGGAAAUGGCAAUGGUAGCAGCGGAUCAGCUGCAGGGACAAGCCGUGGAGCGAUGCGUGGCCGUCGUGGCGUUGCAGAUACGCUUCGCACUCGGGCUCUGGACGCUCCAUCGAAACACGGAACCACGGGGCAACCGCUGCAGCUUCAUGCCAACUACUUCCGGCUGCGGAAGCACAUCGAAUGGACACUGUAUCAGUAUCGUGUGGACUUUGCCCCGACCUGUGACAGCAUCCGGUUGAUGCAGGGAUUGAUCAGUCAGCACAAGAAGAUCUUUGGCGGAUAUCUGUUCGACGGAACGCAGCUCUUCAUGGUGAACAAACUAAAGAGCGAGCAAUUGUCCCUGGAGUGCCGCCAUGAACGAACCGGGGAGGUGUACCAGAUCAAGAUCGCCCACACCGGAACCGUUGACAUGACCAACGAAACCGGUAUUCAAGUGCUAAAUCUGAUCCUUCGUCGCGCCAUGGGAGGACUGAAUCUUCAGCUGGUAGGCCGAAACUUGUUCGAUGCGGCCGCCAAGAUUGCCAUUCGGGACUAUCAGAUUGAACUGUGGCCGGGAUACGUGACCAGCAUCCGUCAGCACGAGCAGGACAUUUUGGUGUGCUGUGAAAUCGCUCACAAGACCAUGCGGAUGCAAACCUGCUACGAUAUCCUUCGAGAAUGUCAGAGACACGACCGAAGCUACAAGGACGCCUUCACCCGAUCCGUCCUGGGAGUCGUUGUUCUGACCGGGUACAACAACAAAACCUACACCAUCCAUGACGUUUCGUUCGACACGACGCCGUCCAGCACAUUUGAAACCAAAAACGGGAAAAUCUCCUUCAUCGACUACUAUCAGCAGAAGUACAACAUUCGGAUCCGGGAUCCGAAUCAGCCUAUGUUGCUGUCCCGAGCGAAGAAGCGCGAUCUGCGAGCAGGUGGUAACGAACUGAUGGCCCUGGUUCCGGAACUGUGCCAGAUGACGGGACUAACCGAACAGAUGAGAAGCGAUUUCCGAAUGAUGCGCGCCAUGUCCGACUACACUCGUCUCAAUCCGGAUCGGCGCAUUGAACGGCUGGAAACGUUCAACCGUCGUCUUCAGACCACACCGGAGAGCAUGGAAGUGUUCAAGGUAUGGCAGAUGGAACUGGACAAGCGUCUGGUUGAACUUCCGGGUCGGCUGCUGCCCCAGGAGACGAUCUUCUUUUCAACGACGGCGGCGGGAGUUCCAGCAGGUGACAAUGCAGAUUGGACGAUGCACUUCCGCAAUAAUCCCAUGUUUGCCACGAUUCGGUUGGACCACUGGUUUGUGGUGGUUCCGAACAGAGUACAGCGAGAGGCAAACGAUUUCCUCGGCUGUUUGAUGCAGGCUGCACGGGGAAUGCGGUUUGAGAUUCGGCAGUGUGAGUUUGUUGCCAUCCCGGACGACAAUCCUGGCACUUAUGUUCGGAUGCUGGACAACCUGGUGAACAAAGACCCGCAGCUGAUCAUGUGCGUUGUGACGAAUCAGAAGGCCGAUCGGUACACGGCCAUUAAGAAGAAAUGCUGUGUUGAUCGCGCCGUUCCAACGCAGGUCAUUUGCCAGAAGACCAUCACCCCGAAGGGAGGCAAUGUGCGGACGCUGAUGUCCGUUGCAACCAAGGUCGUCAUCCAAAUGAACUGCAAACUGGGCGGAGUGCCGUGGAAGGUCAAGAUUCCUCUCAACGGACUGAUGACGGUAGGAUUCGAUGUGUGUCACGAUACGAACGAUAAGUCGAAAUCCUACGGAGCAAUGGUGGCCACGUUUGACCACGACAAUCGAGGAACCCCGAAGUUCUUCUCCACCGUGAGUCAGCAUGGCCACGGCGAAGAAAUUUGCAACUACCUGCCCCUGAACACUGUCAAGGCUCUGAACGAGUAUCGCAAGGAGUACAACGAACUGCCAAAGCGUAUCUUCUUCUACCGUGAUGGUGUCGGAGAGGGCCAGCUGCACUACGUGUACGAACACGAGGUCAAGGCCAUUGUGGACAAGCUGAACGAGAUCUACAAAUCCGCCGGUGCCGAGCAGGACGUCAUGUUCACCUUUUUCAUAGUGAACAAGCGCAUCAACACGAGAUUUUUCGAUCGCAAACAGAAUCCAAGGCCAGGAACGGUAGUCGAUGACGUGGUUACGCUUCCGGAACGUACCGAUUUCUACAUCGUAUCGCAAUCGGUCCGCCAGGGAACGGUUUCCCCCACGGCUUACAACGUCAUCUACGACACGUCCGGACUGAAAGUGGACCAUCUGCAGAUGUUGUCCUACAAGCAGUGCCAUCUGUACUACAACUGGUCCGGAACGACGAGGGUGCCAGCGGUUUGCCAGUACGCCCACAAACUGUCUUUUCUGGUCGGGCAGUUUAUCCAUCAGGCUCCGAGCAACCUGCUCGAGAAGAAACUUUACUUCCUGUAGCGAAGUAUCCCAUCUGUGUUGGAACCGCUCCUCCCUGGAGCAGCGCUUCCGUGGAACGAUAUUUAUUAUUUUGUUUUUUGACUGGUUAACAGCCUGAGAGGAAUUAUUACUGAGUAUUUAUGUGUGCGUUUUGGAUUUACCAAUUGAUCCAAUUGCCAAGGUUUUACGUUUUUAUAUAUCUGACUUAUGAUAUGUUCCUACCGCGUCGUAUGAAUUAUAUAAACAUUGGAACAACAUAUUUUUACGUUUCGCAAUGUUAUGAUAAUGUAAAUAGAGACAAUAAAAUUAUCAUUGUUACCUUAAAUUGA